AUGGCGACUGAUUCGGUUAGAGAUGCCUUCGCGUCAUCCGGAGGCCACGACGCGUCAACUCCAGCCUCAGUCUAUCUCCUCUCCCUAGUUGCUCUUCUUAUCGCGUCGGCCUUUACAUACUCACGCCUACAAAAAAGCAAGCGAGAAGUGGAGGUUGACUUUCCUCCCUCGUUCAUCUGGAGGAAGAAAGGGUCUCUAUUUGGGCUCACUUCCCGCCAUCGAAUCUUGCACAACCUCGAGAAUAUCGAUCGCGUCUUUACCAAGUCGCCGCACAUCCUUAGUGCAGAUGUUCUGGGACUGCGCUUGGGCAUUCGCGUCUUUGGCGCGCGACUGACGAAGGAGACCGGCGACAAGUUCCUGAUCAUCAACAGAAAGCUGACGCAGAUAAUUGAGCGAUAUUUCGUAAACGAUGCUUCCGCAACCGCCUCCAUCCAGAGCGCCGAUGUUCCUGGAAAAGUGGCUCGAUUGCUAAGCUUUUCGUCCGAUGCUCAGAAGCAACACCAAUGGGAGCGCUCAGCAGCUAUCAAAGUGCUGUCGACUAAUUCCGAUGGACAUUCGGGAGCUGUUGAAGCGGAUCUCGAGUUGCUUAUGAGAGACUUUGGCGCAUGCGUCUCCAUCCCGCGCCUCUAUGGACAGGACUUCUUGGAUCGCAAUCCGCAUCUUCUCGAAGACUUUUGGAAAUUCGACAACAACGCGUUCCCGCUGCUCAUCAUUGGUGUGCCGACUUGGGCUCCGAUCAAGUCCUUUCGAGAGGCACUCGCAGCUCGCACUCGUCUUCAUGAUGCACUCGAAGGGUUCUACAUCCGUCUCAACCAGUACAAGAGCGGCCAGAAAGUGGACUUCGACGCCGAUAUGAGCGAUGUCAGCGUUGCUGCAAUGGAACGAAACAAUUGUCUCGAAGAGCAUGGCCUGUCUGUUCGUGCGCGAGCAGAGCUUGAGCUGGGCACCUUCUGGGGGCUUAACGCCAACAUGCAGCCGAUGGUCUUUUGGCUUCUGCUCUACGCCUACUCAACUCCUGGACUGGUAGACGAACUGCGAAAAGAAGUCAGCUCUUGUAUAACGGUGGAUACGGCAACUUAUCCGCCGCAAAUUACUGCCUUUGACUUCUCACGCCUGAGCCACGAGUGUCCGCUCUUGAAGUCUUCCCUCUUCGAGACUUUUCGGCUGGUCGAGGACCCGACUUCGCUUCGUUACGUGUCAAAGCCCAUGACCGUAGCUGAUGGUACUCUUGAGCAUCACUUCAAACCGGGAACCUGGCUCUCAGCACCUCACGCCCUUCUACAAUCCGACCCUUCGAUUUUUCCAGAGCCUGAAAAGUUUAUCCCAGACAGAUUCAUAGAAACAGACAAAGAAACGGGCCAUCGAGUCGCCCGAUAUGGAAGACUUAAGCCAUGGGGCUCCGGGUCAGCGGUAUGCAAAGGCCGUACUUUUGCCGAGAAGGAAGUCAUGGGCAUCGUUGCUUGCUUCAUCACCCUGUGGGAUAUGGAAAACGCUGAAGGCUCAUGGAAGCUGCCUGGUAUGAUUCCGGGAACUGGAGUAAAGCGGCCGCAGAAACCGAUUCGAGUCCUCCUGAAGCACCGGACUCUCGAGUGA